AUGCAGAUCUCGACACUUCCUUCACCGAAUAGGGUGAAGGCUACCAUAGAUCUACCUCAUAACAGACCAGCUAACCUCGAAACCACCGCGGAAGCCCACACCAAGCCCAUCUACCUCCCACAAUCCAGCGGGUGCCCAAGAACCGCCCAAGGCGCAGAGGCCUCCACCGGAGAGCUUUCACCAUUCCAACACCAGGAAUCAGAGAAGACAACAGAGGGAAGCGCCGGCGCCGGCCAAAACACCACCUGUCGGGAUGAGACAAGUGAUUCCCGCAAUCCCGCCCUCUCCACUAGUGGGUCUCCUCAAAAAACCGCCACAACAACCCGGGAAGAGCGACACUUGCGCCGAGAGAGAAGACCUCACAGGGGCGAGAGCCUCGAACCGCGCCGGAGCAGGUACCCACAGUGGUGGAGCUGCGCUAAUCGACCGAGAGGAGGCAACAAGAUUUACAAAUCUGGUUUUUUGUUUUUAGGGGAGAGAGAGGAGGUUUUUAGAGAGAGAGAAUCACUAAAUUGA